AAUAGAUUAUAAAUAUGCUCUCAAAAAUUAUAGAAUUGAGAAAGUGGAAGAAGAAUUGGAUUGAAGAUGGCUGGUAGUGACGGUGAUAGAGGCGGAGGAAAAGGGAUCGAAAUGGGAAUUGAAAUAGGGAGGAGUGAAGGAAAUCGAAUAGUGAUUAAAACUAACGUUAGCAAAGGCCUCGGAAGGGUUCUUGUGAUUGAAUUAUUGGCUUAUCGCAGCCACACCAUUAUUGGAUGUUCAUGUGAUCAGGAUAAACUCGACUUCCUUCAAUCUCAACUUCCCAAUAACAACCAUCAUCUAUUCCUCAAUAUUGAUGUUAGGUGCAAUAACAGAGUUGAAGAGAUGGCGUGCAUUUUUAUGGAGAAAAAUGGAGGUCCUUCAGAUAUUAUAGUGAACGGCGCCGGAGUCGUUAACAAGAACAACAAGAUGUGGGAGGUUCCGUCUGAAGAGUUUGAUUUGGUGAUGGAUACCAACUUGAAAGGUGCUGCCAAUGUGUUGAGGCCCUUCAUACCUUUGAUGGUUAAAAAUAAAAAGUAUGAAGAGGGAGGGAUAAUAGUGAACAUGUCUUCAGGUUGGGGAAGAUCAGUUGCUGCACUUGUAGCACCUUACUGUGUAUCCAAAUGGGCAAUUGAAGGACUUACCAAGUCUGUUGUUGAAGAGUUGCCUAAAGUAAUGGCAGUGGUGGCACUCAAUCCAGGGGUCAUCAACACUAACAUGCUUGCUUUUUGCUAUGGUGCUUCCUCAUCUCUUUAUCGAUUCCCAGAAUCAUGGGUUUUGGAGGCAGCCACCAAGAUACUCAAUCUUACACCAACAGAUAAUGGUUCUUCUCUCUCUAUUUGAAGUCACUCACCUAAUCUCCUAGCUAGAUAUCUACUUACAUGAUUGAUUAUCGACUUGAUUUGUAUUAGUAUUUUG